GUCACCGCCUGAAACUCGGAAACAUUACAGGGCGCAAAAAAUGUAGACUUGCUGUGGGGAGCUCCUAAAAGACGGGAACCAAUAACUAGACCCUUUAAUAUAAGCCAGCUUCUCUCCGUCCAGCGCUGCUUUCUCUAUAUCCAGCUUCCGCCGCUGCCUAUCCCAGUACCAGAAGCAGCCGUGGUAGGCGGGGCGGAAGUCACUGACGCGGAGAGAGUGGCGUCUGCUGAGCCGGUAUCAGUCCGCUUCCAUCAGGCCGGAUCCCCAAAACUACACUAGCUACUCUCGUAGUUGGUUUUGGUAUUGGGGACGUGGCGAGGCAGCCUGCAGAGGAAAAGGGCACGGCACCCCUUGAGGCAAGGAAAUGAGAGAACUGCCCCUGAUCCAAGCAGAGCAGGCUUACUUUAAGGCUGGUCACUUUCUGCAAAGAAGGAAAGGAGGAGGAGACAGACUCAGUUCUCUGCAGUACAGCCUGCUGUCUGCUGUACAGCUUAAUACCGCUGGAACAGAGCAAGGAGGAGGAUAUUGCACCACAUCAGAGCAGAUUCACCUCUAGUGGCAGCUCUGGUGGUGUUGAAAUUGUUGACGACCACUACCCUCAACAGAUCAGCAUCCAUCUGGCAAGCAUCCAUUCUCCCCCAGCUUGGUUGUGCCACUUCUGCACUCUUGUGUGUAAUAUUGGCUGAGCUGAUCUUGGGAAGGAGCCUUAUUAACUGCUGGACUGGUGAUUGACUCUAACUCAUUUCUAACUGUAUCGUCUGAAUCGCUGAAGAAUCAGAGUGUGAAGAUACAGAAUUGCGACACAUCCGUCAUAGAGGCUGAGACUGUGCUACUGAUAUUUAACACUUUUCUAUAACUGGUACUAUGACUGGGGCUGAGAUUGAGCCUAGUGCCCAAGCCAAGCCUGAAAAGAAGGCUGGAGAAGAGGUUGGAGGUGGAGCUGAGAGAGAGAAUGACGUCCCGAUGGUGGUCAGACCCAAGGUUAGGACCCAGGCCCAGGCAAUGCCUGGGGCAAGGCCCAAAACUGAGUCAAAGGCUAUGAAAGGGAAAAGAGCAAGGUCCAAAACUCAGUCCCAGGCAAAAGCUGGGGCAAGACCCCAAACUGAUUCCCAAGUAAUGGCUGGGGCAAGGCCCAGAACUGAUGCCCAGACAAUGUCUGGGGCAAGACCCAAAACUGAACCUCAGGCAGUGGCUGGGGCAAGGCCCAAAACCGAGGCCAGGGCAGUAGGUGGGGCACGUCCUAAAACUGAGGCCAAGGCAAUCCCUGGGGCAAGGCCCAAGGAUGAAGCCCAGGCUUGGGCCCAGACUGAGUUUGGAGCUGAGGCAAUGUCCCAAACAGAGGACAUGCCCCAGACCAAUGCAGCAGCCUGGCCACUGGUCAGUACUGAGUCCGGGUCAGUUGCUAAACCUAUGGCCCUAUCUGUAGAUAGGGAACUGGUAAAUGUGGAUCCCAAGACCUUUCCUGGCUCCCAGGGUCAGUCAGGAAUUCAACCUUGGUUUGGAUCAGGGGAGGAAACUAAUACAGGGUCUUGGUGCUAUCCCAGGCCAAGGGCCAGAGAGGAAGCAUCUAAUGAAUCUGGAUUCUGGUCAGCAGAUGAGACCUCUACGAUGUCUUCUCUCUGGGCUGGAGAAGAGGCCAAUAUCAGAUCAUGGCCCAGGGAAGAGGCCAAUACCAGGUCCAGGCACAGGGCAAAACAUCAGCCUAACCCCAGGUCUAGGCCCAGAUCCAAGCAAGAUCCCUAUAUUGAUUCCUGGUCUGGGUCUGAGGAGGAGUCUGGCAACCCAUUCUGCUUGUGGCCUGAAGAAAAUACUAAUAACUUGUUCAGACCCAGAGUCAGAGAUGAGGCAAAUGCUAGGUCCAAGCUCAGGACAAAGAGAGAGGACUUUUUUGAAUCUGAGUCUGAAGAUGAGUACUAUAAGGAGUCCUGGUUUUUGCCUGGGGAAGAGGCCAAUAGCAGAUUUAGGCCCAGAGACAAGGAGGAGCCUAAUACUGUCUUGAAGCCCAGAGCCCAGAAAGAUGGUAAUAACAGUAAUAGGGUCAAACAUGAGCCCAGGUUUGAGGAGGAUGUCAUCAUUGGGUCCUGGUUCUGGGCAGAGAAAGAGGCUGGUGUGGAGGCUGGGGCUUCAGCCAUCUGUGAGUCUACACCGGGAGAUGAGGAGGGGGCCAUUGGUGGGUCCUUGUUCUGGACUGAGGAAAAGUCCAGUUUGGGGGCUGUGGCUAGAGAAGAGACCUGGCAGGAGUCUGAAGAAGAGGCUAUAUUUGGGUCCUGGUUCUGGGACAGGGAUGAGGCCUGCUUUGACCUAAAUCCCAAUCCUGUGUACAGGGCUAGUUCCAGGUUCAGAGAUUCAGCUGAGGAGGAAAUUAAUACAUCAUCCAGGCCCCAAACCUGGGAAGAGGUCACUGUUGAAUACAAACCUGGUCCUUAUACGGUUGGCUUCCCAUCCACAAGCUCCUUUAGAAUUCCUGAAGAAGUAUCCUCUGCAUUCGUUGAACUGUUUGAGGGAAAGCCCAAGAAUGAGGAAGGGGAAGAUGAGGAAUCUUCCCCUCAGGCCAAUCAGCCUGACCCUCAGUUCACAUUUCAGUAUGAACCAUCCUAUCGGUCAGUCAGGGAAAUUCGGGAGCAUCUUAGGACCAGGGAGAGUGCAGAGCCUGAGAGUUGGUCCUGUAGCUGUAUACAGUGUGAGCUUAAAAUCGGUUCUGGAGAGUUUGAGGAACUCCUUCUGUUAAUGGAAAAAGUUCGAGAUCCUUUUAUUCAGGAAAUAUCUAAAAUCGCAAUGGGUACAAGAAGUGCUUCUCAGUUUACCCGAGAUGUCAUUCGGGAUUCAGGUGUUGUCUCACUUAUUGAAACCUUGCUCAAUUAUCCCUCCUCCAGAGUUAGGACAAGAUUUUUGGAAAAUAUGAUUCUCAUGGCUCCACCUUAUCCAAAUCUAAACAUGAUUGAGACAUUCAUAUGUCAAGUGUGUGAGGACACCCUUGCACGAAGCUUGGAUUCCCCUGAGCAGCUUCUUGGAUUAAGGCUCCUUAGACACCUCACUAUGACUACUGACUAUCACACACUGGUUGCCAAUUUUAUGUCUGGGUUUCUUUCCCUAUUAGUCACAGGAAAUGCAACAACGAAGUUUUACGUCCUGAAAAUGUUGUUGAACAUGUCUGAAAAUCCUAUGGUGGCAAAAAAGCUAUUCAGUGCCAAAGCUCUAUCGGUAUUUGUGGGUCUCUUUAACUUACAAGAAUCACAUGACAAUAUUCAAAUUGUUAUUAAAAUGUUUCAGAAUAUCAGUAAUAUUAUAAGAAAUGGAUCAAUGGCGUUAGUUGAUGAUGAUUUCAGUCUUGAGCCGCUUAUUUCUGCAUUCCACGAAUUUGAGAGCUUAGCUAAGGAACUACAAUCCCAAAUAGACAAUCAAAACAAUCCUGAUGGGGGACAACCAAACUAAUAUGAUUAACCACCUGUCUCUCAUCAGCUUUAUGUUCCCAAAGAGCCCUGAGUAGUGCUUUGGUUUUCACAGUCUUGUUUUGUGUUAUAACUUAUAUUUUUAAUGCUGAUGUUAACUUUGUCCAAUUCUUGGCUUGAGCUGGAUCAUUUUGUGGAUGCCAAAUGAAUAUUAGAGCUGAAAACAUAUUUGUUGAUAUUUGUCUUGCUGUCCAGAUUGCAGUAUUUUUCAGUAUUGAGCUUUCAAUGAACUGAGUCUCCCUAUGUAAGCUACCCUGCUGUUUGUUGUUUAAACAUAUGGUUCUGUAUUUGAGUGUGUUUUCAAUAAAGUUCUGUGUGAAAAUUGGCA